AUGGCCGACAUUUCCACCCUUCCGAUCAACCCCAACUCCGGCUUUUCCCCGGAAACCAAAACCUUCCACUCUCUGCGCCCCCCGGUCCCUCUCCCCCCCCUCUCCCUCUCCCACUACACCUUCUCCCUCCUCCACUCCUCCUUCGCCUCCCCUACCACAUCCGUCCUCAUCGACGCUGCCUCCUCCCUCCACAUGUCCUACUCCCAAUUCCACUCCCUCACUCUCUCCCUCUCCCCCCUCAUCUCCAAGUCCCAAGUCGCCUAUAUCCUCUCCCCUGCCUCCCUCCACGUCCCCGUCCUCUACUCCUCUCACCUCGCCCUCGGCUUGGUCCACGGGUCACGUUUGUCGUUGUUUAACAUCAUUGUCUCCCCUGCCAACCCCAUCGAGUCGCCCCACGAGGUCCAUUUCCAGGUCCACCUCACCCUGCCCUUCGCCUUCGCCACGUCAGCAACUGCCCACAAACUCCCCAAGGGCCUCAGAACUAUCCUCAUCGACUCCCUGGAGUUUCUCUCCAUGCUCGCCCACGACCCGGCCCGAGUCAAAGGCGUGGUGCUGACUUACCGAAACCUCAUCGCCAUGAUCACCGGGAUGCACGCGCUGGCGAUAAAUCCUGACCCUGCUGAGGCGGCGGCGGUGUCGCUGUUCACGCUGCCGAUGUUCCACGUGUUCGGGUUCGUCAUGCUGGUCCGGGCGGUGGCAUUGGGCGAGACUUUGGUUCUUAUGGAGAGGUUUGAUUUCGAAGGGAUGCUCAAGGCGGUGGCGAGGUUUAAAGUGACGUACAUGCCGGUGUCGCUGCCGCUGAUUGUGGCGCUGGCCAAGUCGGAGCUGGCGAAGAAGUAUGACCUCAGCUCGCAGAAGCUUCUCGGCUGCGGCGGCACGCCGUUGGUGAAAGAAACGACCGAGAGAUUCAUUCAGCGGUUUCCCAAUGUGGAAAUUGUGCAGGGAUAUGGUAUGACUGAAACUGGAGGAGGAGCUACGAGGAUGGCAGAUGCUGAAGAGGCAAAGCAGUAUGCUUCUGUAGGCCGCUUGGCUGAAAAUAUGGAAGCCAAGAUUGUUGAUCCAGAAACUGGAGAGGCCUUGCCCCCAGGCCAGAGGGGAGAACUGUUGUUGCGAGGUCCUACAAUAAUGAAAGGUUACAUAGGAGAUGAUAAGGCAACUGCUGAGACCUUCGAUAAAGACGGGUGGUUAAAGACUGGUGAUCUAUGUUAUUUUGACAACAUGGGGUUCAUGUACAUUGUGGACAGGUUAAAGGAAUUGAUAAAGUACAAGGCUUAUCAGGUACCCCCAGCUGAGUUGGAACAUAUACUUAAUUCACAUCCUGACAUUGCUGAUGCUGCUGUGAUUCCGUACCCUGAUGAAGACGCAGGGCAGAUUCCCAUGGCCUUUUUUGUUAAAAAACCAGGAAGUAAUAUCACUGAGGCUAUAGUAAUGGAUCUGGUUGCAAAACAAGUUGCACCAUACAAAAAGAUUCGGCGCGUGUCAUUCAUCAACUCUAUUCCGAAAUCUCCAGCUGGAAAGAUUUUGAGAAGAGAGUUAGUCACCCUUGCGCUAUCUAGUGGGUCAUCUAAAUUAUGA